CAGAACAUUCACUGACCGCCUGAGAAGGACUGUUCGGUGUCAAUGGAGGAGGACGCAGGGGAGGAGCUGGGGCUGGGCGGGUCAAGGGCCCCCACAGACUUCCACUUCUAUCACAUGGACCUGUAUGACUCUGAGGACAGACUGCAGCUCUUCCCGGGAGAAAGCGGCAGAAUCAGGAGCGAAGUAAAGCAGGCUGAACUGACCAGUGAGCCGAGAGGGGCAGGGGACAGCAAGAGUCUCCCGAAGGAAGUGGACGAGCUUGUCCACUUAUACGGACUUGAAGAUGACCAUGAGUUAGGGGAUGAGUUUGUUGAUGAACACAGACUAGGGACUCUGGAGUAUCCUCCUUAUAGCCCGAGGAGGCCAGUCAGGGAGCAGAGAGACUGGGGGCUUAGCGAGGCAGCCGAGGCCGAGGACCUGGGCUAUGGCCUUCCCGGUCAGUGCCAAGACCUCCGGGAAGCCUACAGGUACACGCACGGCCGUGCCAGCGAGGAGUAUGAAUGCUACGUCAUCCCAGAGGAAGAGGAUGAAGAAGAAGAACCUGCUGAUGUCUUCUGUGCCACUUGCAAGACGCCAGUAAGAACUGCUGAGAAGGAUGUGGAGGCACACGAGGGACAUGAAGUCAUGCCACUCAACAAAGCGCUGGAAAGCGCCAAGGAUGAAAUUCACAAAAACAUGUGCAGAUUGGAGCAGCAGAUUAUUGAGAUGGAAAAUUUCGCUAGCCACCUGGAGGAGGUGUUCAUCACGGUGGAGGAGAAUUUUGGUAGACAAGAGCAAAACUUUGAGUCACAUUACAACGAGAUCUUGGAAACCCUCGCUCAAAAAUAUGAAGAAAAAAUUCAAGCCCUAGGGGAGAAAAAGAAAGAGAAGCUGGAGGCUUUAUACGGACAGCUGGUCACCUGCGGAGAAAACCUUGAUGCCUGUAGAGAGCUGAUGGAAACCAUAGAGGAGAUGUGUCACCAAGAGAAGGUGGAGUUCCUGAAGGAUGCAGUGGCUAUGACUGACAGACUGGGGAAAUUCCUGAAAACCAGAACAGACGUGGAGCUCUCUGCACAGCCUGAGUUUGAAGACCAGACCUUGGAUUUCUCGGAUGUGGAGCAGCUGAUGGAUUCCAUCAACACCGUUCCAGCUCCCUCUGCCCCAGUGAUAAAUCCUCAGGCCCCCAACUCGGCCACAGGGUCCUCUGUCCGUGUGUGCUGGAGCUUAUACUCCGAUGACACCGUGGAGAGCUAUCAGCUGUCCUAUAGGCCAGUGCGGGACAGCUCACCUGGCAAAGACCAAGCAGAGUUUACCAAGACGGUCAAAGAGACAUACUGCUCAGUGACAAAUCUUGAGCCAAAUACCCAAUAUGAGUUUUGGGUGGUCGCUCAGAACAGGACCGGCCCCAGCCCCUCCAGUGAGCACGCAGUGUACAUGACAGCCCCCUCUCCCCCCACUAUAAAAAGUGAGGCGAUCAGAAGCUGUGAAGAGGCUGCGCUGAUUUGCUGGGAGUCUGGGAACCUGAAUCCUGUGGACUCCUACACAGUGGAGCUGAUCCAGGCAGAGACGCCAGAAGCCUCGGGGGUAACUGAGUCUGUUGUAGGCAUCCCAACCUGUGAGUCCCUGAUCCAGCUGCAGCCUGGGCACAGCUACACGAUCUACGUCCGAGCCCUCAAUGUCGGGGGCACCAGUGCCAGGAGUGAGCCUGCGACAGUGCACACCACAGGAAGCUACUUCCAGCUGAACAAGGACAGCUGCCAUCCCUGGCUGACCAUUUCUGAAGACGGGUUCACAGUGGUUCGGGGUGAGAAGAAAACCUUCAGAAGGGAGCUGCCGCCCAGCAAGACCCAGUUUACCAGGUGUGCUGCUGUCAUUGGAGAUCUAAUCCCAGUCCGAGGACGCCAUUACUGGGAGGUGGAGGUAGACGAGCGCUUGGACUACACGAUUGGCGUGGCCCGUGAAGACGUCCCUAAACAGGAAGACCUGGGCGCGAACUGCUCGUCCUGGUGCAUGAGGCAUACAUUCGCCUCCACAAGGCACCGGUACGAAUUUCUGCACAACAGGACAACUCCAGACAUAAGAAUCACAGUUGCCCCAAGGAAGAUCGGCGUCCUGCUAGACUAUGAAAACUCCAAGCUGUCGUUUUUCAACGUGGACAUUGCUCAACAUCUAUACACAUUCAACUGUCAGCUCCACCAAUUCGUGCACCCCUGUUUUUCUUUGGAAAAGUCUGGAAGCCUAAAGAUCCACAAUGGCAUCUCAAUGCCAAAGCAUGUCACUUUUUUUUAGGUCCUUCUGAUGUUGGUUCAAGUCUUUCUGUCCUCUCCCUCAGGCACCCUCACUUUGCUGGCUGAACUUGGUAUUCAAGUUUCCUGCAGCCAGCACAAGCCACAGUUCACGCUGGUGUCAUGGGGUGGAUGGGGUGCUGGGCCCAUUUCACCUGAUAAUGGACUCAUCCUGGGUGCUGCUCCCUCUGUGACUACAGGGGAGCCAUUAUCAGACGAGGCUGUCAGAGAAGGGGUCAGACUCUGAACUCAAAGGGCUCUUCUGGGCUUGAACUGCACUUGUCUGUUUGUGGAUAUGUAAAGUAUUUUGAGUCUCCUAAGCCUAUAGACAUAAGGAUAGCGUCAGGAAGUCAUUUAUAAAUUAUAAUUUGUAAGGGGCAAGGCUUCAGCAGCCCCUGCACAUUUGUGACGUUUCACUAUUUACUGAAAACAGACCCAAGAAGGCAAGAAACUCUGCAGAAAUACAAGGAAGCCAGGUACCCAUCUCAAGACCACUGUGGUAGGUUGAGUAAGAAGGGCUCAUCUAUUUCAAUGCUUAGUCAUCCAGAGUGCCACUAUUUGAGGAUUAGCAUGAUUAGGAGGUGUGGCCUUGGUGGAAGUGUCACGGGGGUGGGGGGGUUAGCUUUGAGGUUUCAAAAGCCCAUGUCCGCCUGUGGAUCAGGAUGUCCCUCUCUCUCAGCUACUGCUCCAGCGCCAUGAGUGCUGCCCUGCUUCCUGCCAUGAUAGGCUAAGCCUCUGAAACUGUUAAGCCCCCAUUACAUUUUGUAAGAAUUGCCUUGGUCGUGGUGUCUCAUCACAGCAGCGGAACAGUGACUGAGACAGAAGCGGUACUAGGGCCUUGAGUGCUGUUGUGAGGGGCCUGCCCAUGCUGCUUGUUGGAGGAACAUGGAAGAACUUGGGACUCUGAAAUAAAAAAAUGGUUGGUCACUUAUGUGGGGCUUAAUAGGAGCAUAGAAAACAGUGUUGGGGGUGAUUUGAACUGUGAGGGCCCAUAUCAAGUGGCCUAGAGACCAUUCUUGACCUGUUUUGGCAAAGACUGGGGCCACUUUUUGCCCUUGCACUAAAAAUCUGCCUGAAGCUAAACUCAAGUUUUGGAUUAAGGAUUUAGCAGGGAUCUCAAGACAGCCUGGUGUUGACCCUGUCGUGUGGCUCUUGGUGAUUGCUCUUAUGCAGAUUUUUAACGAAGAGGAAGGGAAGCAAGCAAAGUACAAAAUGUACAGUUUGAGGAGAAAAGGAACACCAGGAAGUGCUUGUUUGAGCCAAGUCCUGUGUUCAAGGAGACAAAACAUUUAAGGAAAAGCCCCACGCUAAAAUGAAAGUGGUGACCUCAGGGCAAGAACACACCUAGCUAAGUUUCCAGGGAAGCCUGAACAGUGAAGGUCACCAUAGACAAACAAGAGGCUGACGCCUACGUAAAGAGGGGGCCAGCCCAGCCCCAGCAUGCAGUAGACCUUGGCAGUUUAGCCACUUCUGGCUCAAGAACACAAAGGGGGUUGUGGAAUCUCCCCCCACAGCUAAGGAAUGCCCUGAAGCCAGGUGUGUGUCUGGGCUGUCCCUGCAGGGAGACCCAGACAGAGUGUGAAGCGAUAAAGGUUGACACCUGAUUACCUUGGAAACCAAAAUAGGUUGGAGAUGCCAGAACCCUGGGAUAGCUGCCAAGGAGAGCUGCUAACAGGGUGUGGAACCAGCCCGAGAGAGAAGUGUAUUUCAGUAAGCAUGACUGAUAGUGCUGUGCCCAGAGUCUGAACCCCCAAACCAAGAGACCAGAUAGAUGAAAAAGCAAGAGUCCUUUUAAUUACGAGCUAACUCAGGUCCGUCCGACACAGCUGGUGGAGUAGGCAGGACCCCUGAGCCACAGUGGGGCAGGGCAUUUAUUGGGGGCACAGCAAGGGGGAGGUCUAGGGGUCUUCAAGUCUCUGGAUUGGCACACCUUAGGCUGGGGGAACCUGUCUUGAGCUGAUUGGUCAGCUGCAGCUGUGGAAAGAUUGCUGUACCUGGAGGCCAUCCAGGGGGGCAGUUCCUGCAGUCACCAUUAUCAGUAAAGCCUGCCCAGAGCCUGCCAGCUUACUUCUGAUUGGUUCCUUACUACAGGAGGAUGUCUGGCAGUAAUUAGGACAAGGUCAGGUAAGGCCAGGGGCUUAGCACGUCUUGCUGGGUCUUUUCUGCCUGUCAUGGCUGCCAAAGUGGGGGCUGGAUGAGCAUUCUGAAGGAUGCGUUGACAUUAGACGUGUAGAUGAAGAAUUUAGUGGGCUCUGCUGGGCUAGGUCUGGCUUUGGCCCAGAGCUCCUCACUCUGAUCCCUUUCAUUUCCUUGGAAUGGUAAUGUAUAUUCUGUGCCACUGUAUGUUGGAAGUAUGUAAUCUGUGUUUUUAUUUUGAUUUUAUAGAGGGUCACAGUUCAGAGACUGCCUUGAGACUCAGAGGAAACUGAACUUUUAAGAGUGUUAGGACAGCAGUAGAACAGUGACUGAAACAGCCAUCCAUCCCUGCGUUUCAUAAGGAAAGCGGGUGGCAGCAUGGCAGGUUCCUCCCAGUGCCCAUGUUCUGUAAUGCCCUGACUUCUGCGUGGUGGUCUGACCCACUCUAGUGCUGAGAUUACCUCUAGGGUGACUAAAGGCAGGGCGGUGUGUGCCUUGUUAUAAUGCGACCUUGGAGGCCAACACGUCAGGUGGACACCAAUAUGUGUAAACAAGCACCUUCAUCUAACCACUGCUCCUUGGCCUCAUGCUGCUCUUGGU